AUGAGAAAAACAAUAAGAAGUUUUUUCCCCAGUUCAUCCAGUCAAUCUAAUGAUGGUUUACGCGCUUCUUAUAACAUAUCACUUCUUAUUGCAAAGUCCGGCAAACCUCACACUAAGGGAACAGCUGUAAAAGAAGUCCUGAAGACGGUGCUACACAAGGCAUCAGAGCCAAUUAUCAAAGGUAUUCCUCUAAGUAAUAGCUCUGUCCAGAGAAGAGUUGAUGAAAUGGCAGAAGUCGUCGAAGACCAACUCUGCACAAUUCUGAAGAAAGCAGAAUUCAGCUUGCCGUUCGACGAGUUUACUUUCCCAGGUUAUGAUUCCCUCCUCGCAUAUGUUCGUUUUCUGAAAGAGGAAAGUUUAUGCCAAGAACUGCUCUUUUCCAGACUAUUGGAAACUAAUAGCGAGGGUGAAUCCAUUUUCAAUGUUGUCAAGAGCUUUAUUGACAAAAAGGACAUCCCACUGAAUAAUAUUGUAGCUUGUGCAACUGAUGGUGCACCAUCGAUGACUGAUUGUCAUCGCGGCUUCAUCAGUUAUCUCAAAGUCAGUUCACCUGAUAUCUUCACGAUGCUCUGCGUGAUCUACCGACAUCUUGUUGCACGAAACCUCAGAAGUCGUCUUCACGAUUUCCUAAACACGGUCAUCACUGCCGGAAAUAAAAUCUCAUGCUCAAAACUCUCGCCUAUUUCAACAGCUUUGCUUCGAAAACGACGAAGACUUUCAAAACUUGCUGCUCCAAACAGAAGUGAGGUGGUUAUCACAGGGAAUUGUGUGACACACUUUCAUGCUUUGUUUGAUUCAGUUCUUUGA